AUGUAUGAGGAGACGGAGCGCACGCCAAGCAGAAAAGAAACGAAAAGACACUCCCUGAAGCCUCCGCUGCAGUUCCUGGCUGCCGGACCGCCCGGUCCCUUCCCCGCAGCCGGUUCAUGCCGCCAGGAGGCUCCCACAAGCCGCUUUCGGCGGAGUCAACGGGUGACCCGCCCGAGCUCCGGAGCCCAGCCCCGCCGCUGGGCGGGGGGACGCGACUACCGGCUGGGAAAACGGGAAAACCCUCCCGGCCCCGGCGCUACGCGAGGAGAAACAAGGCGGGAUGGAAGCCGCACAGAGGGGAGCCCCACUGCUGCUGCUUUCCACCGCCUGUCCCGGGCGCUCGGACCACAGGACACCGCGACACCGCGCUGUAACGAGGCGGGACACCGUCACCGCGCCCGGCCUGAGCCCCGGCCCCUCAAACCCAAACCCACCUGGACCGCGCCGCUCCCGGCUCCGCGCCCGCCCGCCCCGCGGAGCCCUUUGUUGUGCGAGCCGCGGCGCGCAGCUGACGGACCGGCCGCGCUAGCCCCGCCCAUCCCCGCCCCUCCGCCAAUGGGCGCCGCCGGCGGCUGUCGCUAA